AUGUGCCCGCCGGAGCUCUUACACGACCAAGCGGUGUGGGAUGGGCCGGUCAGCUCGUCUCGAGAGCGCCUGCUAGAAUCGAUUUCCCCAUCCGUGAUGAUCCCCCAACACCGGCUUGCCAUCCUAUUAGACACCGUGAAGCAAAGCCAAAUCAACAACUGUUUAUAUCAUAAUACCGCCGAACCCCCCUCGCUCUACUCCGACCACAUGUGCGACCGCAACGACUUUCCGUUGGACAUCAGCGUCAAUCUGACCCAACAUUCCGAUGAAGUCUGGUACUGCGAAUUUUCUCAUGAUGGCACCAAACUGGUCACUGCUGGCAAAGACCGAAGCGUGCUCAUCUACGAUACGUCUAGCUUCGCCGUGCUUCAUCGGCUCGCCGACCAUGGAGACGGGGUUGCAUAUGUGAGCUGGAGUCCGGACGACUCGAAAGUGAUAUCCUGUUCACAAGACAAGAAAGCGCGUGUGUGGAGUGUCGAACCGUUGUACAUGUGGCAUGGCGGGUUCCGUGUCCAAGAUUGCGCUGUCAGCCCCGACGGCCGACGUCUUGUAGCGGCAGACACGGAAGCCAAGAUCCAUGUGUACAAUUUCCUCACUCACGAGGAAGAGUACUGCCUCCCGCUUCCGAGUAAACCGACCUCGGUUGCCAUCAGUCGAGACUCGAGACACGUUCUGGUGAACUUACAGGAAGGGGAGAUCCAGCUUGUGGACAUGGAGACUACUGCUGUGGUCCGGCGCUUCCGAGGCCAAAAACAGGGCGAAUUUGUGAUUCGGAGUACAUUUGGCGGAGCUGCUGAGAAUUUCGUUAUCAGUGGCAGCGAGGACUCGCGCGUCUACAUUUGGCACAAAGAGAACGGGACACUGGUCGAAACAUUGGACGGUCAUGUCGCGGGAUGCGUCAACUCAAUAUCCUGGAACCCGGUAGACCCAGGCAUGUUCGCGUCGGCGGGCGAUGACUGCAUCGUGAGAAUGUAA